AUGGUACGUGCACUUGGGGCUUUUUGCGAGAUGUCGAAGCCCAUGCAGGAGACGUUAGCACAAUGCUUUCCCGCCUAUGAGUGCUUGUACAACAAGGACAAUAAUGCGAGUCACCCCACGGAGAUGACGCCGAUGCUCAGCGCCUUUCAGACGCCAGAGCUGGCCAUUCUUAACCUUCUCUCGAUGUCACUGGGCGACUUUAGUUUUGUGGAUACCAUCAUCGAACCGCUCACUGACGGCAAUAGUCUCACCAUGCACUUCCCUGAGGUCACUCUCGUCAUGUUUGUCAUCUUCCUCCUCCUCGCACCGAUGAUUCUCACCAACCUCCUGGUGGGUCUGGCGGUAGGCGACAUCGACACGGUGCGGAAGCAGGCGGCCAUUCGACUGAUCUCACAAACCGUCGACUGGUACGACCACAUUGAGGCGACAUUGCCCCGCAAGCUCUACGACCUUAUUGUCUCCUCCUCCUGGAAGUCCAAAUCCAGUCGGGACUCCCCUUCUGUACUGAUUUUCAAGGAGAAAAAUGGCAUGUACUGUGGCAGCAAAACUGCGGAUUCCUCGGAUCUAAAGUUCGUUGACUUUUGUGCAACAUUCUCACGAAUCAAUCAAUCCUAUGUAUAG